AAUUAUUGAACAGAGAGAGCGAGACAAAAGAGUAGCUUGGCCAGUUCUGUUGUGAGAUUUACAGGAAGAAUGAUAAAGGCGGUAAUGGUGAUUAACACCUUCGGCAAGCCUCGCCUUUCGAAAUUUUACGAAUUCCAGCCAGUGGAGAAGCAACAAGAGCUCAUCCGCCACGUCUACGCAGUCUUAAGCAACAGGCCUGACAAUGUGAGCAAUUUUAUUCGGAGCUUAGGGGCAAUUUUUGGUCCGGAUACAAGGCUCGUGUAUAAGCACUAUGCUACCUUAUAUUUUGUCUUUCUAUUUGAUAACUCUGAGAAUGAGUUGGCCAUGCUCGACUUAAUACAAGCAGUUUUUGUAGAAACACUGGACAAAUGCUUCAGAAGUGUAUGCGAGCUUGAUGUAGUAUUCAAUUAUAGCAAGAUGCAUAUCAUUCUAGAUGAAAUAAUUUUAGGUGGUCAAGUGCUAGAAACAGAUUCUGUUGAAGUUGUGAGAGCAGUUGAAGAGAUUUCAAAAUUGGAGUCAACCACAAGUGCUGGCACAUUGAUCAACAAAUCUAUUCCGUCUUGGUGGGCUAGAUAACACAUGGUUCCUCUGUACAUUACCAUAUCUUAGUGUUGAAAAUGUACUAUAGAGAAUAUGACAUAUAUACUUUUUCAGUGUGGCAUGUUAACUGACUUCUCGAUUUGUAAUCAUAGCUGGAUACACCCUUCUCUGAGUUAUCGGAUUUUCUUUAUAGGAUCCUUCA